CACACACACAGCAACACAGGGGAAAACAAGAUACACAGAGGAAGAGAGACACAUGCAAAAUAACCAGAGGCACGGCAGUAGCUGGGACAACUUUGGAUUUGGGAAUCACGCACACUGGUCUGCAUUCAGAGGUGGAUGUGCCAAGAGGAAGGACAACCGUGCUCAGGUGUGGCACAAUUUUAUAGGUUCAGACAUGUGUCCUACAAACCUGCUACUACUACUACUACUACUACUGCUAUCUGUUUUCCAUGUGGUUCUACUACUGCCAAAUUCAUCUGAAAAAAUCCACCUCAAUGGAACCAGAGGAGCUCCGGGGUUGUGGCAAUGCACUUACACCUCCAGCGAGACGUUUAAUCCUAAGCAAAGUAGCAUAUACUGGCAGGGCAAAAAUUAUCCAUACAUUGUUGUACACGUUUACAGACAUGGGAAAGAAAAUUUUGAACACCAAAACCAGCCAUAUAUUAAUAGGACAAAAAUCUUCACUGAUCAGUUACCUUCUGGAAACUUAUCACUCGUCAUUGAGCCGCUGAUGCUGGAAGAUGACCAGACCUCCCUUGAAGUUGUUGUGUCGGGAAAAGUAGGAAGCUCAGAUAAGGUCUGCCAGACAACUCUGUAUGUAGAAGCUCCUUUCCAGAAACCAAACAUUGAGAUGAACCAAACAGAGAUGACAGCAACCUGCAGCACAAAUGGAGGAUACCCUGAACCUGAACUCAAAUGGAGCGGGGAUGGAGGGACUAAACUGGAACCACAAAAAACCACAAUGACUCGUGAAGCAGACCUCACCUACAACAUCAGCAGCAGAGUCAACGUCACUGGGUUACAGAAAGUGACCUGCACAGUUUACAACCCAACUUCAAACCAGACUCUGACUGCAACUAAAGAUGUGUCUCCAGGUGGGAACCCGCAGUGGAUAUGUUGGCUUAUUGUGAUCCUCCUCAUCUGCAUCCUCAUCUUCAUCGGCCUCUGCACCCUCAUCAUAUGGGUCUAUAAUAGAAGGUGUGUCCAGAAUCUACAAGUCCCACCCGAUGCAAAUGAAGACCCAGCUGAAGACCCAGUUCUUGAUGUUCCUCAACCUGAGGAAAAUAGUCCACGAAGGAGGAGGAAUGCAUCUGCAUCAGGAGGAGACGCAGCUGAAGAAGAUGCCUCCGAUGCUCAUUCCAACACGUCAGGAGGAAGCAGAUCUGAGGAAAGGGUUUCACUAGGACCCGAUAAAGCUGUGUUUCACCGUUCCACAGGGAGGAAGCAUGGUGCUGCAGACAGCUCGUCUGAUGAGGACACUGCUGGUGCUAAUGCAGAGCAGGGAGCAGCAAAACCGUUAUUGAGCAAAAAUGUUAAUGAAACAAGCAGCUCAUAAAGUGAAAAAGGGAAAAUAGAGUAAGCAGCAGUGGCUGGUAGAAAAUCUUCCAUAAAAAAUGAGUCAAGUUAAAGUGAAAAGUACCAUUUGAGAAACCUAAAAGUUAAAAAUUACCUUGUUAAUAAUUAAUUAACAAGUACAAGUUACUUUCCAUUUUAAUAUUUUUAUAAUGGGAUUACUAAGAAAAGUAACGUUAAUAUUGUCAUUUAUUAUUAUUGUUUUUCGGGUACAUGUACAUGUGGUCUUUUUUAAGAUUUGGAUACAUAAAGUUUGCAGAUGUUGCCAGCGAUUGUCACUGGAAGCUGCCCUCUGUUCUGGGUUUUGUGUCCAUUGUGGUCAAAAGACAAGUGGUGCGUUUAUUUCUUCCAGGCAGAAGCAACUUGGCAUCUGCCGUAGGGGUGCUCCUUGCACGCUUUGUAGUUGUAACAAAGGUAUAAAUGGCAAGUGCAGCUUAUUGAAAAGUAGACUAAGUGGUACUAUUUAUAUUUAAUUUAAUACGUAAUAUGUAUAAUUAUUUAUAUACAUAUUUAAAAAGUAGCAUUUAAAUACCAUAAAAACUUACGUUUUUUACUUGUGUGUUACUUAUAAUCCAUUUCUACCCACUGGGUGCCAAAGCUAUGAUCAGAACUGGUGCAGGAGGCAGAAACAGGAGCUAAAGAACGACCGCAGAUGAACAACAUCAUCCUGAGGACUAUUCAGACAGCAGUUUUAGCUUGUGUUCAAACAGACUGUGGUACAUUUGCCUGUUUAGUUUGGUUUGUUGGGACUGGUGGGAGAAAUCUCUGGUGCUGAUAAACAACCGGAUAGAGACCAUCUGAAAAUGUGGGUCUCUGUCCUCAUUUCAUUUGUGGUCUGAAAACAAACAACCAACUGUUUAAUAUCAUCUCCUGACUGUGAACUGUUCAGAAAGUGAUCUCAAAGGAUCUGUAACAGCAAUUUAUAUCUUUAUGUAAACCCUUUGGUAACCCUUGUAACAAUGUUUGUCAGUGUGAAUACAGCUGUUUCCUGUG